AUGGGUUCCAUACGAGAUAACCUGUAUCAUCUGUUUUCUCAUGCACCCGCAUACCUUCUAUGUAAGUUUAAGUGUGUAUCCUCAAAAAUAGAUUUCAAUGAAGCCCCUAAUUUUUGCGGUGAACAAGCCCGCAACAUGCUUCAACGUGGCGACAUGCACAUUUUCGUUUUUCCUGACAUUCCAGCGCCUAUGGGGACGGACCUCUAUCAUUUAUUCGAAAAUGGUCCUUCUCCAGGUUUACCAAUUCAAUUUAUGGACUUGUUUAACCGCCAUUGGAGAAUCCUCGCUUCGUGGAACGGGUUGGUAGUCGUUGAAUUUGAGAUUGUUGACGUGAAGACACCAACACCGUGCUUAUGCAACCCCGUCACCGGUUCGUGGGCUCUCCUAAGAUCUCCCCUGGAAGAGUACAACAUUCCUGAUGAACUUAAAAUGCAUAUCAUAAUCGUUCCAACUGACACACAUGGAAGCGAUUACAAAUUGAUAUGCAUUGCCGGUGUUCAAGAUCGAUGGAGUCCACCAUAUGUGAUGAAAGAAUAUAACCCUGUUGUAAAUAACUGGCAAGUUCUAGAAAAUAAAAUUGAGUUCGGGGCCAGGCAGAUGGAUCUGGACCAUGUGGCUGUUGUCAAUGAUAAUUUGUACAUGAUGUCUGAUCAUUUCGAUUACGGUGAGGGGGAGGUUUGGCCGCUAUCUUCACUGCCGUACAUUGUGCAUUACUCCCUCAUCGAAAAAAAUUGUAACUUUCUACCUCUCCCUGAUGAGGCUGUUCAUGAUCCUUUUCGUGGUGCAUACGGGGUCUUCACAUGGGGUAGCCGAUGGACGUCAACAGAAUCUCUGUGUCUAGUUCGAUAUGGUGCACAGGUCUCCUGGGUGCUGAUAGAUCGCAUAAACAUAGGAGAGUUGGGGAUAAACUUUGAACUCGAAGAUGAAUAUGAUGACAAUCUUUUUUCAAGAAAGCCAGAGGAAGUGGAACUCAUCAGAGGUUUCGGUAUUGUUAAUGUGACUGUUUGA